GCUACAGCUAAGUUAGCAUCUGAUGAUGAAGAUGGAGCUGCUUAGCCUACCAGAAAGCUCCUAGCUUCUGCCUUUUUCACUCUAAAUGAGGCAGAAACCGUGAGCUAAACUGGACUUAUACCUGCAGAGAGUUCAGGAGUUUCCUUGAAUCAUCUAUAUGGGCCAUCUUCUCUCCAAAAAUGGUCUACGCCUGAAGAAGAGGACGUGCAAGUUAAAUCACAGGAAGAAGAAGAAGAGGAACUGUUUUCUCCAGGGGCCUUGCAUGCUCUGCUUCAUCGUCCACAGCAACAGCAGUGGUCUUGACGACGACAGCGACCAGCUGGAAGCCGGUGUCAACGGCUGCCGUCACAACAGCAUCGCUGGAAUCAGUGUGCCGGGCGUAGGAGAAGUCGGCAUCGGAGCGGCGACAGCCUCGAAGCUCGCAGAGCAUUACGCGGCCCUUGCAUCGCCUGAGGACUGCUCCAAGUUUCUGCUGUCGCAAAGAGAACUUGCCAUCUGGGAGGGCCAGGGGAGGAGUCUUUUGUCAGCCGUUCCUGCCAAACUGAUUCCACCACCGGUGCUUUUCCGGACGGCUGGUGUGUCUGUGACUGUGCCCUUACCUGUGGCUGUGCCCGGCUGCACCAGCGAAUACACAGAGAUGGUGUGCAAGAGGAAGUGCUCGGAGGUGCAGAGGUGCACCCCAUGCAAGCAGCCGCGCUGUGCCUUUGCUGCUCCUGAUGGAGUGGGAGCAGGAGGAGAUGUAGGAGGAGCCGGGGAUGCUGCUUCGAACUCUGAAACUGGACACAGCCACCUUCCCAUCUGCCCCAUUCCCUCUUCCUCUUCCACCUCCACUUCCUCUUCCUCCUCCCCAGUGGACUGCUGCUGUGGGUUGACUCUUCAUACCGAAUCGCCCAACAGUUCAGAGUCGACCCCGUGCUGCCUGCAUCACUAUGACGACUGCCAGGCAAGAAGUUCUGAUGCUGCUGAGCAUCUAAGUAUCAACCACCUGCCUUCCUCCAUCCUUCUUAAGGUGCUGUCCCACCUGACAGUGAAAGAGCGCUGUCUUUGUGCCUCUCUGGUUUGUAAGUAUUGGAGGGAUCUUUGCUUGGACUUUCAGUUCUGGAAGCAAAUCGACCUCAGUGGCUUGCAACAAGUCAACGAUGAUCUCCUUGUGAAUAUAGCGUCUCGGAGGCAGAAUGUGACUGAGAUUAACAUCUCAGAUUGCAGGGGAGUCCAUGAUUAUGGCGUGUCCUCUCUGGCCUCCCACUGUCCCGGUCUGCAGAAGUACACAGCUUACAGAUGCAAGCAGAUGGGUGACAUCUCAGUGACAGCUUUGGCGACACACUGCCCUCUCCUGGUCAAGGUGCAUGUGGGAAACCAGGAUAAACUAACUGAUGUGGCAUUGAAGAAGUUGGGAGCAAACUGCAGGGAGUUGAGGGAUAUCCACUUGGGUCAGUGCUAUGGCAUCACUGAUGAAGGUAUGAUGGCAUUGGCUCGAGGAUGUCCAAAACUGCAGAGACUCUACUUGCAAGAGAACAAAAUGGUGACUGAUCAGUCUGUGCGGGCGGUAGCAGAGCACUGUCCCGAGCUGCAGUUUGUCGGCUUCAUGGGAUGCCCUGUGACCUCUCAGGGUGUCAUCCAUCUCACUUCGCUGCAAAACCUGAGUGUCCUGGAUCUGCGGCACAUCUCAGAACUGAACAAUGAGACGGUGAUGGAAGUGGUGAGAAAGUGUCGGAAGCUCAGCUCCCUAAACCUGUGCCUCAACUGGAGCAUUAAUGACAGGUGUGUGGAAAUCAUCGCCAAGGAAGGCAGAAGUCUGAAGGAGCUCUAUCUGGUGUCUUGUAAAAUCACAGACCACGCUUUGAUAGCCAUAGGCCAGUACAGCAGUACCAUAGAGACCGUGGAUGCUGGCUGGUGCAAAGACAUCACAGACCAAGGAGCCACACAAAUCGCUCAAAGCAGCAAGUCCCUCCGAUACCUGGGCCUCAUGAGAUGUGACAAGGUGAACGAGGAGACGGUGGAGAGGCUGGUGGUUCAAUACCCUCACAUCGUUUUCAGCACAGUGAUGCAGGACUGCAAGAGAACCCUAGAGAGAGCUUAUCAAAUGGGUUGGAGCCCCAACACGUCGAACUCUUCGUAGCUGCCGCUGCAUCGCAGGCAUGCAUGCACAUAAACACACAGCUUCACAUACAUACAAGCACAAGUCAGUGCGGCUCAGACAGGCUUCUCAUUCACCCUUCAGUCAUGCAUGUCAACAUGUAGCGACAGAAAAGAAAUCAGUCCAUCAUAAACAUUUAAGGUAAAGUUCUGUUAGUUUGUUCUACAAACAAUGACUAAGACUUCAUGCAUUAACUACAUUUAGUUUGUUGUCUGAAACAAUUUUUUCACAAACAUAAUUUUUUGUUUUCCUGCUACAGGUUAAUACAACAUAUUUUGUUAGAUUAUUAUUUUUUUUUGCAUCAUCUUGAUUGUAGAGUAGAUGUAAGGGUGCAAGCUUUUUGAAUAGUUUUGAAAAUAUAUCUAUAAUUGAACAAAAUGAAGUACUUUUACCUACCAGAUAUUUAGCCAUAGUUAGACCAGAGUCAUUUUAUUUGAAGAUAAAAUAGAAAAAAGGUUUGCUUCCUCUGAUGGAGCCACUCUUGUCGAGGUAUUUUCCAUGUCAGCCCGUCAUGAUGUUUGCUUUCCUCCAAACUGCUCUGCUGAGCUGUCUGAGGAGGAACCAGAACACAUGGAGGAAAUAUAUUUGUCUUUGACCACUUAGGUCAACCUGAACUGCCAUGGCUCCAGACUGCACUUGAGGCAUUUGUAAGGAAAUUGUCAGAGGGGAUUUUUUCUCUCUCCAUUUGGACGAUAGUUUACUUCUCUUUGGACAUUGGCGCAGUAGUGCACGUUUUGUGGAUUUGUUGGGACCAUUGACGAGCCUCCGGUGUCAGAGACAGAAGAUUUAAUGAAAGACUCGGCACAGAAACAGUUACUUUCAAGCCAAGAGAAUGCCGUUGUGUGUCGUUUUAGCGUGCAUGUUUCUGUUUUUCAUCUUUGUUUCAAAGUACUAGUGGUGUGAAGACGAAACUGAGAGAUCCAUGUGACUUUGGGCUCCAUGCUGCAUUAUCUGCAGUGCAAAUAUUAAUAAUAACUGAGCGUCACAUCAUCAUUUUUGGUAUGAAAUUUAACUUUGCUUGAAAUAGAGAUUGCCUUUUUUCAUACAAAAAAAAAUUCCCAAACCUUUUGGGUCCUUUUAUUAGAAUAUAACAUGCAGAAAAAGUUAAAACUGUUGUUCAGAUGAACAACCUGAAAUUCACUUUACUGAAGUGUUUCCUUACUGUGAGUUGGUAUGAAAGCGUAUUUGAUCUCAUAUAAACUAAAUGAGAUUUAUUUAGCCUACUAUUAGUUUUUAUUGUAUCCUUGUUAGCAUUAGCUCUGUAAUGCUGUGAGCAAUUUCCAUUUAUUUAGCUAAAUGCGUCGUAACCUUGUCUGUUUGCACAGCACAAGUAGAUCGGGAAUCCUUGAACACAAGUUUAUGAGAAUCGUAUUGUGUGAUUUAUGUUAGCUUUUUAAAGGCCUGAUCCCCGGGUUUCUAUAAUUCACAAGACUUACAGUUACAAGCUUUAGGACUGCAAACAAUUAUGCAAAGAAGGACAAGGGGUGAGUAUGGACUGGUGGAAAGACUAGAAAGGGAUUUAUCCUCACAUCUCAAUCAUAAGUUGAGAGUCCAACAGUUUACUAAACCUUAGUAGAGCAAAUUAUAACAAACCAGUGGAAAGUCACUGAAUGAGAAUUGAGCACACAUUUCUGUCAUUCAAUAGAAACUCGGUGCUGCACAGUUUAAAAAUAAAAGAAGCAGGGUAUUUUUGUAAGGUGUGAACCAACUCUGGACUCCAAACUCCAUCCCACAGGGAGCACACCUUAAUGAGCUGGAAGUUUGAGUUGAAGCGUAAACUUUGCUGGUGCAUACAGAUUACAGACAGUUAAGAACAGACUCAUUUUAACCUUGUUUGGAUUUAUUGACUUUACCCAAAGGAAGACUUGUCCUUUGGCUGUAUUUUUGAUCUUUUUAUUCUUUUUGUAAUCCCUGUAGUCACUUCCUCCUCUGCUAGGUGUUGAAAAGAUUGAUUUCUGAUUUGCGAAGGCAACCGUAAAUGACUGGAUUUACAUAAUGAUAAAUAAAAACACUACAACUUCAA